AUGAAUUCAUCAACAUGUGAAAAUAGACAAUGUGUGAGGAAAAUACUUGAGUAUUUGGAAAGCAGAACAGAUGUGAUUCAUUCAUUAAAUCAAUUCAGAGAUAUGAUGCGUGUGAAUUAUGACAAUAAAUUGACUGUUCUAGUAUUGCAAAAAGUUCAUGGGCUCCUUCAUAGCGAGUGCAAUAUUGAAUAUGUCAAUAUACUUAUGGAUAUCGUACAUACGGAAGAUGCAUUUGAUGAAGUAUUCAAAAUUAUCCAGAGUUUCGGUGAUAAAGCAGAGUUUACAGAGCUUGCAUUCAAACUUCGAGAUAUAAAUGAGCUAAUCGUACUGAAAUACAUGAAAGAGUUCAAGAAAAUUCAUUUACUUCGUGAAUUUAUUAAAGAAAUGGACAAGAGAUACGAUGCUAUCUUAAGCUCAAUAGACAUCAGCCAAGAGUAA